GUCCGCUGGACGGUCAUGGGCAUCCGCUGUGUGGCGAUCCGCGCCUGUGGAGGAGGUAAGAUCGAUACCGGCGUCCUGCGGAUGGCUGUUUGUCCGUAUGGGGCUGCGGCGGUCGUGAUGGCACUGCUCUCCGCCGCGAUCGCGCUCCACUGUUCGCCGCUUCUAGCAGUUUUACAAAGAGCACUGUCCCUCCACACAGCGCACGUGACAAAGGACAUGGACAACCUUUUUCAGUUGGUGAGGAACAUUGUGCCUGCUCUGACGUCGAAGAAACACAAGGGGCAAGAUGGAAGGAUAGGCAUAGUCGGGGGCUGUCAAGAGUACACAGGAGCACCGUAUUUUGCAGGAAUCUCAGCUCUGAAAGUGGGUGCAGAUUUGACCCACGUGUUCUGUGCCAGGGAGGCCGCGCCAGUGAUCAAGUCCUACAGCCCAGAGCUGAUCGUCCACCCCGUCCUUGACAGUUCUGACGCUGUUGAGGAGGUGGAGAAAUGGCUCCCCAGGCUGCAUGCCCUUGUCGUGGGACCUGGCCUAGGUAGGGACGACCUUCUUCUCAACAACGUGAGGGGCAUCUUGGAAUCCACCAAGGCCAGGGACAUCCCUGUCGUCAUUGACGCGGACGGCCUGUGGCUGAUUGCUCAGCAGCCAGCCCUCGUCCACGGCUACCAGAAGGCCGUUCUCACCCCCAACCAUGUGGAGUUCAGCAGACUCUGGGACGCUGUGCUCAGUGGUCCUAUGGACACCAGUAAUCACAGUGGAUCCGUGUUGAAGCUCAGCCAGGCCCUGGGGAACAUCACCAUAGUCCAGAAAGGAGAGCAGGACCUGAUCUCCAACGGCCAGCAGGUGCUUGUGUGCAGCCAGGAAGGCAGCAGUCGCCGGUGCGGUGGGCAAGGAGAUCUCCUGUCAGGCUCCCUGGGGGUCAUGGCGCACUGGGCCCUCCGUGCUGGACCAGAGAAAACCAACGGCUCCAGCCCGCUCCUGGUGGCUGCCUGGGGUGCAUGCACACUCACAAGGGAGUGUAACCAUCUGGCCUUCCAGAAGUACGGGCGUUCCACAACCACUACCGACAUGAUCGCUGAGGUGGGAGCUGCCUUCAGCAAGCUCUUCACGACCUGAGCCGGCACAGACUGAAUCCUCCAUCGCCUAGCCUUGGGCUCAGCAGCACUUGAUGGAUUUUAGCCUGAAGUAGCUGACAGGAUUUAGGACGUGGCUGUCCGACUACUGUAGAGUUGAGAUGUUAACGACACUAAUCUGGUCUCCGUGGUUUUCUGGGCUUCUCAGAAAAGUCUGAGGAGAAAAUGAGAGUAAACCUCCCAGCAGCCCACCUGGAUUGGGCUGGCUCUGACACAGACAUUUGGAGUCCAUGGCUGUUCAUUCAUUGAUUCUCGUGCCUUUUUGUCACUACAGUAACCACGCACAGGGCUCCAGUCUCUGGGUGGUGGGGGAGCGCAGGGUUUGUUUCCUAACCAAGGCUCACAGGAUGGCAUUCUUGGGCCUUAGUGUUCUAUUCAGUGACUGAGUGUUAACUUCAAGAGGAGUUCAGAAGAGACAGUGGCCAUGCAGAGGAGAUCUUUUAGCGGCCAGUGGGAAGGGCAGGAAACCAGGGUGCCACUGGCAUUUGGGCGUGGCAGGGAGUGCCAAGAUGCCACGUGCGUGCUCACUGCUGCGUGCUGGGCCCUGCGCUCCCUGCCGAGCCUCCCUCAGCCUCCCUGACAGCCGCCUGGUGAGUGGGGUCUGCUCUCUGGCUCCCCUUGUGUCUGGUCCUUGGUCACAAGGGACAGCUAACCAUGUCCAGGAAUGUCUCCUGAACAGAUAUGAGCUUACUGAAGGGAAUGGUACCACACAAUUAACUUUCCAGGCUGUUCCGAACACACACCAGUGGGCAGCACAGGCUCACUUUACUGUGGCUAAACAGCCACAAUUAGCAACUUUAAUGUAAAGUUUUUAAUACAAAGUUCAUCACAAAGAAAGCAGAUGCCAUGCGUGCAGGCACGUGGACUGCAGCUGCCUCAUCCUCAAGUCCCGGGCUUCUGGUGUUUUGUCCUUGGAUCCAGCAGUUCCCAUGUGGAGGCUGCAUGGCCUCUGUCCUGAAGAAGAAAGCUCUGGAUAGCACCACAUCCUCUUGUUCAUGGUCAGAGAGCAAAGGCAGAGAGAGGAGGCCGAGGAGAGGGGGGUGACACUGCCUGACAGGGCCAGCUCCUCGACCACGAGGGUUGAGUUUUGCAGCUCUUGCUGCUACACAUCUUCCCCUCAGCCCUCCACCCCUGCCUUGAGUGGGCCUGUCUCAGACACCGGAUGACCAGCUACUGUCCGCCCCUUUACUGCCUGUGACAUUGGCAGCCCCUGUCCCUGCAGUGUCACUCACCUUAACAUUGAUGCCGUGGGUCAUGAGGUCCUGGCGGAGUGCGUCACAUGCCUCCAGCAAGGGCUGCCUCUCCUGGAGCUGCUGUUUCCGGGCCUCCCCUGUGGCCCCAGGCGUGGCCAGUGCAUACUGGCGGACCUUCAGCCUGAAGCGCACUAGUUCAUCUACCACACAGUGCAGGGCUACUGUGCUGCUGUCUCCUGAAACACACUGAGCCAUAGACGCUUAGAUGAGUCUGCCCCGCAAGGCAGGAGCCCCGGGACAGCCUGGGAGACCACCCUCGACUACAUCCUGGGCUGAGACCUGCAGGCCUUCCUAGUUAUCCUGAUGAGCCCUUCCUGGAGAAUAUGUGGGGAGGUUAGGUUAGUAAGACCAGCUCAGCAAGACUUCGUGCCUGACUGGCUCACUUAAGCUGACCCUGUCCCACCGCCAGACCUCAGCAACAGUUGUAGGGUGUGACAAGUGUCAACAGAAUCCUGUCAUCUCCAGAGAAUCUAGCGGCCUGAGCCGUAAGUGUGAAUAAAGACAAAGAAUUCUGCCAUA